AUGCCAGGAUUGAAUUUUGAAAAUUAUCAAAGAAAUUCUUAUUUAUCAACAAAAGGAUUCACUACUCCAAAGGCAACAUCUACAGGUACAACAAUUGUAGGAGUAAAAUUCCUCAAUGGGGUAGUAAUUGCUGCCGAUACAAGAGCCACUUCAGGUCCAAUAGUUGCUGAUAAAAAUUGUGAAAAAUUACAUCGAUUAUCUCCCAAGAUUUGGUGUGCUGGGGCAGGUACUGCUGCUGAUACAGAAAUGGUUACCCAAUUAAUUGCAUCUAAUUUAGAAUUACAUGCAUUGGCUCAAAAUAGAGAACCUAGAGUUAUCACUGCUUUAACUAUGUUAAAACAACAUUUAUUCAAAUAUCAAGGUCAUUUAGGUGCAUAUUUAAUUGUAGCUGGUGUCGAUCCUACUGGGGCCCAUUUAUUAUCAGUACAAGCUCAUGGUUCAACUGAUGUUGGGAAAUAUCAAAGUUUAGGUUCGGGUUCUUUGGCAGCUAUGGCAGUAUUGGAAACUAAUUAUAAAGAAGAUAUGUCAAAGGAAGAAGCAAUGAAAUUGGCAGCAGAUGCAAUUGAAGCUGGGGUUUGGAAUGAUUUAGGAUCGGGUUCAAAUGUUGAUUUAUGUGUUAUGGAAUUGAAUCAAGAUGCUGUAUUAUAUAGAAAUUAUUUGACUCCAAAUAGGAGAGCUGAGAAAUCUAGAUCUUAUAAAUUUGCUAGAGGUACUACUGGGGUAUUGAGAGAAAGUGUACGUGAAAUCUUGGACGUUGAAGAAUCAGUGGUAUCCUUUGGUGAUGCUGCUGGUGGUGAUGAUAGAAUGGAAAUCGAUACUGGUGCAUAG